AACAAACAGGCCCGAAUGAGACGAGGGCCGGGCACCGCUGGGCCGCACGGGGAAGCCAGGCAAAUCCUUCCCCUUCUGGGGCAGUCCCCGGCUCUCCUCCAGCCGGGCGUGUGCACAGCGGGCGGAGGCACUCCGCAGCUCCAGUGCGUGUGUGCGGGAGCCAGGGAGCGGAUCGCGCUGGUGGGGGCAGAAGCAGGCGCGGCCCGGGUGAGACUGGGUCUUAAAAUGGAAUCCCUGGAUAAAACAAUCAAUAGUUAUCUGAACAUUUGGCUUGGACCAAGAGAUCCCAGAGUGAAAGGAUGGUUUCUUCUGGAUAACUAUGCACCUACUUUUAUCUUCUCUGUCUUGUACUUGGUAAUUGUGUGGCUGGGACCAAAGUACAUGCAGAAUAAACAGCCAUUCUCAUGCAGGGGCAUUCUAGUGGUCUAUAACCUUGGACUUACGCUGCUGUCUCUUUAUAUGUUUUAUGAGCUGGUGACUGGAGUAUGGGAAGGAGGAUACAAUUUCUUCUGUCAGGAUACACACAGUGGAGGUGAAGCUGACAUGAAGAUCAUACGUGUCCUCUGGUGGUACUAUUUCUCCAAACUCAUCGAAUUCAUGGAUACCUUCUUUUUCAUUUUGCGAAAAAAUAAUCAUCAGAUCACUUUUCUUCAUGUCUAUCACCAUGCAACAAUGCUGAACAUUUGGUGGUUUGUUAUGAACUGGGUGCCUUGUGGUCACUCAUACUUUGGUGCCACUCUAAACAGCUUUAUUCAUGUUCUCAUGUACUCCUACUAUGGACUGUCUACUAUUCCAGCUAUGCGUCCAUAUCUGUGGUGGAAGAAAUACAUCACUCAGGGGCAGCUGACUCAGUUUGUCCUGACAAUCUUCCAGACCAGCUGUGGUGUUGUUUGGCCAUGUCCAUUCCCUCUGGGGUGGCUGUAUUUCCAAAUCUCCUAUAUGAUUUCUUUGAUUAUCCUCUUCACAAAUUUUUACAUUCAGACAUACAACAAGAAAGCAUCCUCUAGGAGGAAAGAGUAUCAGAAUGGCUCUACAGCCACGGUGAACGGGUACACAAACAGCUUUUCUUCCCUCGAGAACAAUGUGAAACAAAGAAAACAAAGGAAGGAUUGAAGACCAAACUGAGAAACCAUUUUGAUAUGCCCGACAACAAAAUCAUCUGAUUGUAAGCACAAUAAGAGUUGUGCACUGAUACUCUAACAGCUACUGUAACUAUUCCUGCCUAGAAUAGUGUGAUUUAUGUAGGACUUAACCAGUGCAAACAACCUAGAAACUGUAUACAGAAUAUAAAAGUAGGUUAAAGUUAAUAAUAAUUCUGGGCUGUCACUGACCCCGCUAUAGACUGUGGAAGAGAGUAUUAUUGUAGUAUAUGACACUGCUGUUGCCUUACUAGUCAAUAAGAUAGGUGCUGAAUUAUUGAUUCACAAUUUCAAAACACUGUAAUCCAAACUCAUUUUUUACUGUAGAUUAUGCAUGUGAUUGCAAAAGUAAUUUGUAUGAUGUUGUUUUCAGUAGAUAAACACACAUGCCUUAAAAAAUUAAAAAGCAGGGCCCAAAGCAUAUUACUGGUUUGAAAAUUAGGCUGUGCUUCAAAUUCUGAGUUGAUUGACUUUUAAAUAAAAGUCAGUUAGAGAAAUCCAUUGAUUGUUUUACUGUCCUGUGUGUGGUACUUAACAUUAUGUAUCUCCACAUGAUACAGUGAAAUUAGAAAUGGCACAUCUAGUUUUGUAUAUUUGGCUUUAACUGACUAAACAGUCACAAUCCAGAUGGACCAGUUAUUUUACCUUUUUAAUAGAUCUUAUUUUUUUAUUUUACAUAUCACUAAUGUAAAAUUUAAUUGGCACUUUCAUGGUCCAGUAAGACUUAGAUAUUGUCUCUAAUGGCUAAAAAUAUACAGGGUAGACACAUCUUGUUUUCUAUUUCUGUGUAUUUCUAAAUUGCAUAGCAGUUUUUAAUACUGGAAGCUGUGCCAGUUUCAAAUAUUGUGUUACCAUAGCCAUAUCUGUGUUUUAAAAGUGACUGGAUAGUCUGUGACCUACCUUUUGAAAGUUCAUUUAAAAAUGAAGACAAAAGAUGCUUUUCAGAUAUACUUGUUCAUAAUUUAAGUUGGCAUUUAUAUUGCUAUGUGUGUAGAAUACAUUGAGCUCUUAAUGUGCCUCGCUCGUGAAAACAGGUUUGUUUGUUUGUUUUAAAAAAAAGCAAAAUCGAAAGAGACUAAAUCAUACAUAAUAUUUAAAACAAAACCCUUGAAAUGAGCUGGAGAUGAGUGUUUGUUUUGUUAAUGUAAGUUGUGUGUAUCACCUGUAACUUUUUGGCUUGUUGUCUACAGAUUUGUUUUGAAAUACUUGUUAAAAUUACUAUUCACUGUAAAAUCUUGCCUUGCACACAUGAGGAGUCAAAGCAGACAUCUCUAGCUGGAAUGUCAUUUGCUCUGGUGGGGUUUAGCUUAUGAAGACUUUAUUGAUUUUACUCUAAGAACAUUUAGUUAAAUGUGCAAGGGAUCUUAUUGACCAUUUGCUAAAGUAUAAUGGUUUUGCUUUGAUAUUUAUAUAAAUAUCAGUUUACCAUGUUUAAUUUUUUAAAUCCAUUUGCACAUCCAUUAGGGAAUAAUGAGUUCUUCUCUUCAGCCUUGUGGCUUUUCUUUAUUUGUUUAGAGGGAGACACAGUGUCUGUUUACAUUUACAUUAUCAAAGCUUGUGUAUGCGUGUCUUCAUUUCUAGGUACUGGUUUGCAAAGUCUUUACAUAUUUCAGUACAGCAGCUGUAACAUUCAAAAUAUGCUGUCUAAAUGUGCUAUAAAUAAACCCUUGGCUCAUCUGAAUAUACCUACAUUGUUAAUGUUUGACAUUUGUUUAAUCAUUAAAACACUUUUGAUUUA